CAACGCUACAGCGGAAAAACAUCAUUGAACACAAUGCAAAUCUUUGUGAAGACAUUGACCGGUAAGACCAUCACUUUGGAGGUUGAAUCCUCUGACACCAUUGACAACGUCAAGUCCAAGAUCCAGGACAAGGAGGGUAUUCCACCAGACCAGCAAAGAUUGAUUUUCGCUGGUAAACAAUUG